GUCAAAAAUGUUGAUGGACAUUGGACAUGUUAUUUUACUGUCAUGCAGUGUGAAACAUAAAUAAAGCGUAUUAGUUUUCUAUAAAUCAUGACUUAAUACUCAGGCCUAAAUUGUUAAAAUGAAAUAAUACUUUUAAAAACGCAACUGCCACUUAUAUAUUUCUUUUUAAUUAAUGACAUUAUGGAUGGUUUAAUUCACGCGGCAUUGGAAGCAGAGGUUAUACUUAAUCGGGUAAAACAUGCAAAUGCAAACUUAACACAAUUUGACAGUGGUGUCCCAGACCAUAAAAUGACUUGGACCCAUGAAAAAAUACACUUAGCAGAAACAGUGGAUGACAGCAGGAUGAAGUUUCAAAGAAAUUCAACAACUAUAUCUACCAGUAAAAGCUCAGAAAAAUUUGAUUUAUUUAAAAAACUUCAUGAGUUGUAUAAUGAGUUAAGUAGAGAUGAAGCGUCACAAAUAAAUUAUCAAGGACUUAAAACCACAUCAUAUUUAUUAGAGAAGUUAUUAGCAACAUAUAAUCUCAAUACUUUAAUAAUUAAUUUAUAUCCUGGCAAUAAAGGAUAUUCAUUAUCUUUAAAAGUUAAUGGCAAUACACAAUAUAUACAGCCACCUGAUGCAAAUAUAUCAAAUCAAGAGGAGACAUUAAUAGAGACACCUCGUUGGCCUUACGAAGAGGAAGAACUCCUAAGUUAUAUAGAUAAUGAGGAAUUACCAGUUGUUCUACUUGAUCUGUUAGAAUCGGAACACUCCUCACUUUUCUAUUCAGGCUGUAUAAUUGCCCAAAUACGAGACUAUCGACAGGCAUAUCCCAGUUUUCUAUGUGAUACUCAUCAUGUCUUACUUAGGCCAACUAAUCAGAGUAUAAUCACAGAUGCCAUGUGUAUCGGUGGCAAGUGUGGUUGGUUGGGUGAGGAGCGGGGAGCUCUGGAAGCGGUUGAGGCUGCUCUAGUGCAUGCGUCAGCACCACCGCUAUGUCUAGAUCCCCGGCCUGCAGUAGGUCUACUAGCAGCCAGGUUGCACGCCGCCCCUAGACUCUUCAAUACUCCUAGGAUACGGCGGCAAGCACGGCGGUUUUCUCAAGUGGCAGUGAAUAGAAAAAGAAAAUUAGAUCAAUUUACACACUACCAUGGUUUAGAGUUAUUGGAAUUAAUACAUAGGCAAAGAGCUAAGAACAGACAAACCGUACCUCUUACUAGACUCACCUCGAAAUAUCCUAAGAAACCACCCGAGGUGUUCAAACCGAUAGAACCACCUAAAAUGGAUCCUGUACCGUUAAUUUUGCCAUCGGAAGCAACUGCUCCAUUGCGGUUAGCGCGAGCUUACGAACGGCCGCGACCGACGUCAGAUUGUCAACCGCAGCUCGUGGAGGAGUACAUCCUCGAGACUGAGAAGACUUCGCCCCACGCCAGCGCCGGCUUCUUCCAUAUAAAGCUGUCGAUAUUACAAAGGCCGUCUGAUCAGGAGUUUCUUGGAGAGCUUUAUGUUGAUAGAGAUCAUGUUGAAGGUGAAAGAAAUGGAUCAGCAUGUCGGUUUACGUUAGGGUCAAGACUUCAAGCUAAUAAGUACAUACAACAGUUUACGGAGAUUUUUACAGAAGAAGGUCGUAAAUCAGUCAGGAUAAAGCAUAUAGUACCCGGACAGUUACCAAGGGUAUCCUUCACGGGUAGCAUGAGAGAAAUGGGGCAGCAACUAUUGUUACAACAAAGGUCAGCGGCUGCUAACAAUUCCACUAUUCAAACGCACGCAACAACCGUCCCUGUUGUGACGUCCGCGGUAGCGCCCACGCCCAAUGCCCACGCGAAUGUCAGACAGCUGCCCAUUCUGCAGGCUCAACUACAACAAGUGGGCAACGUUGGCGGCGUCGCAACUGUGGGCACUGUGGUGGGCAACGUCGCGACCGUGGGCAACGUGGCAGCGGUGGGCGGCGUGCCUGCGGGCAGCGUGGGCAACGUUAACGUGGGCAACGUAGCCGCGGCUGCUGUGGUCGCUAACGAAGUGACACUCAAGCAGCAACCUUCGCCGACUACACCUCGUCUUUCUCCACAAGUCCACGAUAUCCACUCGUCGCAGGCGUCAACAAAUCAGUUACUGGCUCAACAGUUGACCAACCCGCCCCAACCUUUAAACCCUCAGAAGAUGCAGUCCGCCAUUAUACAUAUACAGCAUCCGCUCAUGUCUUCUGCUGGGACAUCACAGGUUCAGAAUAUUCAAUAUACGAAUACAUCAACGACGCAGCAAAAGGCGACCGUUAGUAAACCGCGAACAACGAACCCCGCCAUCAGCGCACUUGUCACUAGUCUAAUGAAUUCAGCACAACAGUUCCAACAAGCGGCAAGUCAAAACGCAGCGAAGGCGGUUGUGAGUACAGCAAAUAGCAAUGCAACGAUACUCAACCUUCUGAAUAGCGCGCCGGCGGCCAUGACACACGCGACACAGGGCGCCCACGUGACGCACAGCGCCCACGCCGCGCCCACAGAAGGCGCCAUCGACGCCCACAAGCUGCUAGGCCGGACUGUUUCUAUAUCGGGUGCGCGGCUCAUAGCAACUACCACAGCCUCGCACUCCAUACCUACAUAUACUCAACAGGUUAUGAGUGGGUACACUUGUGACAAUGAGUCGACCAACGUGUCGAGUAGUGAGAGUGCGUUAUUAGAGAGGCUAAUGGGCCCCGACCCCACGCCCGCGACACAAGCGCAACCUGUAUGCCAUUUACAGGGUUUGAGUUUAACGUCGCUUCAAGGUUUGCAAGGUAUCCAAGGGUUGCAGAACGUACAGGUUCAAAUCCCGGGUCUGCCCGCGCCCAUAUCUCUGUCAUUAAACGUGUCGGGCGCGCCCAGCGGACUGCUAGUGUCAGUUCCGCCCACCACUUCUGUGGUACUCACAAACCAACCCUCCGUACUCUCCUUACCUAUAGCACAAUUAAUGUCAGCGGGGGGCGUGAAGGGCGCGGUGCGGGGCGGCGCGGUGCAGGUGGUGCGGGGCGCGCGGGGGACGCGGCUCACUCGCCCCGCCCCCACCCCGCAGCCCGCAGGCACAGCACAGUUCAUAACUCAAACACAAACGCUGAAUCCGCAUCAAGUGAGACGGAAAUCGAAUCCGGACAGUUCAUAG